AUAACAUACACAGUCUAUACACACAAGAAAAAAUUCAUAGCUCAUGGCUAUUAGAAAAACAGUUAUUUUUUGUUUCAUUGUUUGGCAGCUGCCUCUGCUUCUGCUACUAUCAUGUCACCUGAACUUGGCUUCCGCCAUCGGUGGCAAGUGGGAGCUACUAAUGUCCAGCAUUGGCAUUUCCGCCAUGCACAUGCAACUCCUCAACGACGAUAAAGUCGUCAUGUUCGAUCGUACUGACUUUGGUGAAUCCAACAUUUCGUUGCCCAAUGGCAAAUGCCGCAACAACUAUAAUGACCUUGCUUUGAAAGUCGAUUGCACUGCUCACUCUGUCGAAUAUGAUGUGUACACCAAUUCUGUACGUCCCCUCAUGGUCCAGACCAACGUGUGGUGCUCCUCUGGCUCCGCCAUGUCAGACGGUUCUUUGGUUCAAACGGGUGGCUUUAACGAUGGUAUAAAUGUAGUAAGAGUUUUCAAACCGUGCAUUACUGGCAAAAGGAGGGCUUGUGAUUGGCAGGAAAUAGCAAAUGCCCUAAUUCAAUAACAGUAGUGAACAUAUUUUAUAAAAGCCACACACCUGAAAACCCACUUAACUAAGUAAAGUAAAAAGAAAGAAACAAAAUAUUCUCAUUUGGUCUCUCUUUCUUUCACUCAGUCAACUUAAAAGUCAAUUAUAGUGUUGCCGUCGUUACUCUUCCGGUUACCGUCGUUACUUUCCGGUUACCGUCGUUAAAUCUACGCCGUCAUGGAAGGCGGCGAAUUUGAGAAUGGUGAAACUUCAGGGAUCACUAACAAACUUUCCGUUUUAUCUCUCAAUGCUGACGUGGAUUCCGUUGAGAAAUCUCCACAUAGGAUUGCCAUAUACUUCUGUAUCCCAGACUUUUUUAACCAAAGGAAGAAACUCUUUUUGAUCAGUCCAAAAAUUAAGAAAUUUGAAAUAUUUGAUUACCUGUUGGUUGUCGUCGGAGCAAUUGACGAGGAGUAGGUUGUGAUCAGAACCUGUUUUGGAUAAAUGCUCCACAUUGAUAUUUGGGAAUUUAGCACUCCAUUCCUCAUUAUGUAGCAACCUGUCUAAUCUCAUAUGGAUCCUCUCGUCCCCCUCUCCCAUUACACCAUGUAUGGAUAUUACCUACAAAACCAGCAUCAGUCAUACCACAAUCAUCCAUACAAUUUAUAAAAUCAAAACAUGUAUUUAAUCUAAAAGGAACACCCCAUUUCUUUUCCUCGGAUUCCAUUAUAGAGUUAAAAUCCCCUCCUAUGGCCCAUGGGCCAUCGAUGAUGGAAUUUAAAUCUCUUAACUUCUGCCAAAGAUACUUCCUUUUGUUUGCUUUAGAUCUGGCGUAGACAGUUGUUAUCCAGAAAUUAUCAGUGCUUCCCUGCAUGUGUACCUGCAAAGUCACCUGUUGUCUGGUUUUGGAAACUACUGAACAAACAUAGUUAGAAUUCCAAAAAAUCCAAAUUUUACUAUGAGAGUUGGAGAUGGCAUUAUCGAAACCCAUCCUUCUCCUAAACUUCUCUAUUUUGUUACUGUUAUGGAAAGGUUCUUGUAAAGUAAUAAAAU